AUGGCAUUUUUUCAAAAGUGCUGGAGGGUGGUGGAAUGGGAUGUUUUGGCUUUCUUUGCUGACUUCCAAAGACAUUGUGUUUUUAAUAAAUCGCUUAAUGCCUCCUUCCUUGCAAUGAUUCCAAAGAAGCAUAAUGCUGUGAAUAUCAAGGACUUCUGGCCUAUUAGCCUAGUAGGAAGUGUGUAUAAGUUGUUGGCUAACAGAUUGUGGGCGGUCUUGGACAAUCUCAGUUUUGAAUCUCAAAAUUCUUUUGUUGCUGGACAGCAGAUUUUGGAUUCAGUUCUUAUUGCUAACGAGUGCUUAGGUAGCAAAUUGAAAAGUCGUAUUCCGGGCAUGAUCUGUAAACUGGAUAGAGAAAAGGCUUAUGAUCAUGGAGAGAUGGAGGAGCUCGAUGAAUUUUUGUGUAUCCACUGCUAG